AUGUGCAUGUCCUCCGCAACACGCACGCGCACUCUGCCAAGCUGCAAAACACUCCGAGUGUGUGCAGUGUUUGUUAAUGGGUUCGUGUGCAAAGAUCCAAAACUGGCGAAAUCUGAGGAUUUCCUCUUCUCCAACCUAGACAAGCUCGGAAACACAUCCAACAAGUUCGGAUCGAAAGUGACCUUAAUCGACGCAAGCAAGAUUCCCGGUCUCAACACCCUAGGCGUCUCGAUGGCUCGUCUUGAUGUUGCACCUAACGGUCUCAACCCGCCACACAUUCACCCACGUGCCACCGAGAUCUUGACUGUGAUAGAAGGCUCCCUCUAUGUUGGAUUCGUCACGUCGAACCAUGAGAACAAGCUCUUUUCUAAGGUCCUCAACAAGGGAGAUGUGUUCGUGUUCCCCAAGGGUUUGAUUCAUUUUGAAUUCAACUAUGGUCCGACCAGGGCAGUCGCCCUUGCUUCCCUAGGUAGCCAGAAUCCGAGCCUCAUUAGAAUUGGCGAAUCAGUCUUCGGUUCAAACCCUUUCAUUUCUGAUGAUAUUCUUGCUAAGGCCUUUCAGGUGGACAAGAAAACCAUAGAUUGGAUUCAGGCUCAGUUCGCAUCGACCAGUUGA